AUAGUGUCAAAACAAUUAUAUUAGUUUCCAGUUGAAAACCCAUAAUCUACACAUCACGCUAAAUCUUACAUAAAAUAAGCACAGAGGGAGGGGUAAAAUGACCCUCCUGAAAAGAAUCAUAAUGGUUUUUUGGCUGAAAUUUAUUUUCUUUACUUUUUUAUCAUCAGCAGGCCUGGGAUUACAAGCUCCUGGAGAUGAUCCUAAUCCCGGAUGUUUGCCUGAUGAUAAUGCUGAACCUCCGGCUUGUGAUGAUUACACAGAGCAAACAUUCAUCCCUCAUCCAUACAACUGUAGUCGUUUUUGGGAAUGUGAACCCCAAAGGGGGCAUUGCCUGCUGGACUGUCCUCCUAUUAACCCCUCUGAAAAUCUUUAUUUCAACCCAACAAUUAACAUUUGUGACUGGCCUGAGAAUGUUGACUGUGAAAUGUCCGUGGAUUGUGAUUGUGAGGCAUGGCAAGCAUGUGUAUUAGGUAAAUGUACACCUGAAUGUAAACAAGACUCCCACUGUACUGCUGAGGAGUACUGUAAUGAAGGGGGAAACUGUGUUAAAGGAUGCAGAGAAUCAGAUGUUUGUGGAUCAUGUGGUCAAUGUGUUGAUCAUGUUUGCCAAGAGCCAGAGUGUUGUCUAGAUUCAGAUUGUCAGGAUGCAUCCACUUGUGUGGGAGGGAUCUGCACUGAACCUCUGUGUAGUGUAGAUGCAGACUGUAAUGAAGGAGAAUACUGUAGUACUGAAGGUUGUAUUCCUGGGUGUACUAGUGAUACUAGUUGUCCAACAGAUGAGUACUGUGAUACUUCUGAACACCAAUGUAAGGAAGGAUGCAGGGGAGGAAAUAACUGUGGAACAUGUGGAGAAUGUGUCAACCAUAUUUGCCAGGAGCCAGAAUGCUGUCAGGAUUCAGAUUGCAAGAAUGAAUUCACCUGUGUGGAAGGGGUCUGCACUGAACCUCUGUGUAGUGUGGAUGCAGACUGUGAUGAAGGAGAAUACUGUAGUACUGAAGGUUGUAUUCCUGGGUGUACUAGUGAUACUGGUUGUCCAGCAGAUGAGUACUGUGAUACUUCUGAACACCAAUGUAAGGAAGGAUGCAGGGGAGGAAAUAACUGUGGAACAUGUGGAGAAUGUUUCAACCAUAUUUGCCAAGAGCCAGAAUGCUGUCAGGAUUCAGAUUGCAAGAAUGAAUUCACCUGUGUGGAAGGGGUCUGCACUGAACCUCUGUGUAGUGUGGAUGCAGACUGUAAUGAAGGAGAAUACUGUAGUACUGAAGGUUGUAUUCCUGGGUGUACUAGUGAUACUAGUUGUCCAACAGAUGAGUACUGUAAUGUCUCUGAACACCAAUGUAAGGAAGGAUGCAGGGGAGGAAAUAACUGUGGAACAUGUGGAGAAUGUGUCAACCAUAUUUGCCAGGAGCCAGAAUGCUGUCAGGAUUCAGAUUGUGAAGAUGGAACUGUUUGUUCAACUGCUAAUGUGUGCAUACCUGGAUGCCGAUCUAGUGAAGAUUGUCCUGGUUGGGAUCAAAUCUGUAAUAGUUCCCUCAGCAAUUGCUUCUACUGCAACCAGAUUACUCACCAGUGUACUCAAGGUUGUGAUGCAAGCCCUAACUGUGGAGGAUAUGCUUGUAACAAUGAUCAUGAAUGUCUUGUUGGACUCCAGAGUAUAACAUUAAAGACUCAAUCCUGUACUGGAUGCCAGGGGGCCCAGGGAUCAGCAAAAGAAGAUGGACCAUUUAUUAUUCUUCUGGGAGGUGGAGGGCAGACCUGUAAUACAAAGCAACUAGAUAAUCCAGACAAAAUAGAUUUUGACAACGGCAAAGUUGCAUUGUUUUCUGAUUCAGACCUCCUCCAGUCAUGUGAUAAAGCUGAUCUAGGAGAUCAUAUUAUUGGUGGAUCUGUACACUGGACUGCUAAUCAAGGGCUUUGGCAGCCGGCUAAAAAUCAGAUCCAGAUAAACUGGAGCGAUAGUUCUGUAGGAGGUGAAUGUUGUUGUAUGAAAGGACCCUCCUUGAGUUCUCAGAACAGGAUUGGAAGCCUGUAUACCUGUACAAAAUGUUCUUCACAUCCUGGAUGUUAGAUACGUUCUAGACAGAAAUAUUAUUUUUCUGCAACGCUAAUCCAAAAAGCCGGACAUUUUCCCUUUCAUGCUUUUUUUGUCUUCCGCAGCCAUAAGCCACGACCGUUGAGUCUUCCAUGCCACAACAUUUGAGUCAUCUGGUAGUUUUUACAUGUUCAAAUGGUAAAUUUAGUGUCUUGAAAUAGUAUUUUUUUAAUUCAGCCGUGUCAUUCAAAAGAUAUAAAUAUAAAAAACGUUAUAUUUAAGUUGUAACUGGAAACACAAUUAGAUUCCUUUUGAUGUAUAAACUGCCAAAGGUAUUUUCCUCUUAAACUAAAUUCAAACUUCCCUCUAAAAUGGCUUAUUUUUGAAAACAUUAUAAACAAUAAAAUGAUGCAUCAUAUUAUACUCUUUAAGUUCAAAGGGCGCCCAUAACCGAAAAAGUGCACUAUUUAACGAGGAAAUUGCAAAAAUAGAUUUUUUUUGUGGAAAUCUGUAACACUUAGUUGUAAUUGUAAUAUUUCUCAUCUUUUCUUUUUCUAUAGACUCCCACAAACAAUUUGUUUUGGUGCACACAAUUGGCACACUAUGAUAUAACAUCUUCUUUGUAUAAUGAAAAGCAGUUCAUUGAUCUUUAAAUUUAUCAUUUAAAAACGCAAAUACUGCCAAAAGAAUCAAAUGUUGUGGCAUUGAAGAACGAACGGUUGUGGCUUAGGCAGAAGGUUAGGGAAGUUACGUGCGAAUGCCAAGUUGAAUUACAAGACAGAGAGAGAAUCUGUUCUAGCCGGGCGCUUGGCCCCCCAGCCUGUCUUAGCUGUGGCGCUUGGCCCCCCAGCCUGUCUUAGCUGGGGUGCUCGGCAAGUGCAUGUAUCUUCCUUGGGCAACUGCCUUUGGCUUAUGGCUGCCAGAAGACAAAAAAAGCUAAUAUGUGACAAGGAAGGGUAAAAUUUUGUGGCUUAUGGCCGCUUGCCUUCCCCCACUCAUCCAAACAAAAGAUUUAAAUGCGUAAAAGAUUCUUUGCCAAGAAUUCUAAAAAUCAAAUUACAGAAAAGUUUUUAAACAAAUUAACAGUUCAGGCGAAAAUAUAUUUGAUAUAAAUUCU